AUGUCCAGUUAUGCCAUACAUUAUACGCCACCUUGCAGAAGUGGAAGUGAACUUAAAGAAGUGAUUUUCGAAAUAAAUGAUCUCUGGAAGCAAAUUCGUGACAUUAUCUACCACUUGGAGACAUAUGACAUCACAACUGUACGAUGCAGCUUGCCUAUGUUGCUUUUGGCGCGCUAUAUCAAGAGCACAGGCAUCAAAAUGAUCCUCUCAGGCGAUGGAGCCGAUGAAAUCUUUGGUGGCUACUUAUAUUUUUUCAGUGCACCCAACUAUAGAAACUUCCACCAGGAGCUUGUGAAAAGAGUCUCACAGCUACAUCUGUCCGAUUGUCUAAGGACAAAUAAUGUAUCUAUGGCCAAAGGCAUUGAACUGCGUGUGCCAUUUUUAGACACUGCCUUUGUAAAUUACGUCAUGUCAGUACGGCCAGAGGAUAAAAUUCCUGGUGACCUCAAUUGCUUGGAUGAUAAACGAAUGUAUCGCAUCGAAAAACAUAUUUUGCGAGCAGCAUUCGCCAACAAUUAUCUUCCCGAUAAAGUCCUCUGGCGACAAAAGGAGCAAUUUUCCGAUGGCGUUGAGUACGAUUGGAUUGAUAGCAUCCGUCGUGUUGCAACUGAGUUCGUUUGUGACACAGACUUUGCCAAGGCUUUCCACAAACUCUCCAUUAACACCCCCACCACUAAAGAGGCCUUCUAUUAUCGCAGCAUAUUCGAAGAAAUGUUUCCGGGUAACUAUGCUGCACAAACCGUAACACGCUGGACACCCCGUCGAGACUGGGGCUGUCCCGAAGAUCCAUCUGGCCGAGUGCAGACAGUUCAUCGUAUUCAUCAAUAGUAUAUAUAUCAGUAGACUUUCCUUAUUAGACUAAAGACUGAUAUUUAUCAUUUGAAAUGUUUUCUUCGUUCUUCCGUAAUUCAUUUAUUAAGCGACCACGCACGUAAUACGUGCAGAUACGCCAUGUCAAACACAUCUACAUACAUGUGGAAUAAACUACAGUAUAUUCUUUUGUAGGCACAUUGUUACUCUGAGAUCUGAAUUAAAAUUCUUUCUUUAAUACAUAUAAACAUAAGUCUCUGAGU